AUGAAGAGAAAAAUCACUCUUCAACCGCAAAAGCAAAUAUGUUUACAGUCCUACUCCUAGUACACUCAGACCGCCUCGUGUUGAUUCAGUCUUAGCUGCAAUCUAGCUGGCUUUGAUCCACGGUCUGAUUAGCAUGACAAACGACUCGGCCGUGCUCGUCAAAAGUCCAUGUCUAAACUGGAGUGCAUCAUGGCGACUCUACAAACUCUAUUGUUUCUGUGCUCUGAUCCUCUACGCAUCUCAUUCCACUGAAACCAGUCAACAAUGAGAAGUGGAGUUGUGUUAUUGCGUAUCGCUGUAGCAGCCAAGUUGUCCAUGGAAGUUUGCGAGUGGUAGGAUUUUGUGGAUAAAAAAGUUUAAUUAUGGCGGUAAUUCUAUCCCAUGGAGUCUGGUGGGGUAUGGUGCAUACAGUCAGCGUGGGGUAAUGUUACUGAGUCAUGGCUGCAGAGGAUAUGAAGAGUGGUACGGAGGGAUGUUGUUAUCCCACCAGAGAGGCUUCGGAAGGAGCAAGGAGUCAUGGGGAAGAUCAAGACGACUACUUGGCCAUCUUUAAGCCGUUUAUUGAGAAAGGAAAGGCCUACUACCGUCAAGGUACAGCUCUACAAUGCCUGGGUCGUCAUGCUGAUGCGUUAGCUGCCUUCUCCUCAGGUCUAGCACAAGACCCUAAGAGUCUUCAGCUACUUGCCGGAUUGGCUGAGGCCGCGCUCAAGUCACCACUCAAAGAUACAUUUGAACCCACCUAUCGGCAGCUGCAAUCUAUGAAACUAGACAAGAGUCCCUUUGUAAUCAUCUCUGUGAUUGGUCAGGAGUUACUUGCAGCCGGCUAUCAUGCUUCCUCAUUGGUUGUCUUAGAGUCCGCCCUCAAAAUUGGAACAUGCAGUCUGAAGCUGAGAGGAUCCGUCUUCUCCGCGCUAAGCAGCGCUCACUGGGGUUUAGCCAACACAGACAAGGCUGUGGCUUACAUGCAACAAGAUCUGGCCGUAGCCAAGUCAUUAGGUGAUCAAGUUGGUGAGUGUAGAGCCCAUGGUAAUCUAGGAGCAGCCUUCUUCUCUAAAGGCAACUACAGGGAAGCAUUGACACAUCACAGAUUCCAGUUAGUAUUGGCUAUGAAGCAGAAGGAUAGACACACGGCAGCAUCAGCACUCAGCAGCCUAGGCCAUGUGUAUUCAGCAAUUGGAGACUAUCCUAAUGCCCUGGCCAGCCACAAACAGUGUGUACUCCUAGCCAAGCAACUCAAUGACAAACACUUUGAGGCGCGAGAAGUUGGCAAUGUAGGAGCUGUCUAUCUGGCCCUGGGCGAGUUUGACAAUGCUCUGGAAUGCCACAAGGAGCAUCUGGAGAUCGCAAAGCAGUUGGACAAUCACAACGAGGAAGCUCGGGCUUACAGCAAUCUGGGCAGUGCUUAUCAUUACAAGAGCGACUAUGAGAAAGCGGCUGAGUUUCACGACAAGGUGCUGGUUAUUGCAAAGAAUUCACAGGAUCGAACUGUGGAGGCUAGGGCUUACGCCGGGCUGGGACAUGCAGCACGGUGUAGCGGAGACCUGGAAAAGUCUAAAUACUGCCACGAGCAACAGUUGAACAUUGCCCUGAGCACCAAGGAUAAAACAAUGGAAGGGAGAGCGUGCUCCAAUCUUGGUAUCAUCCAUCAGUCGCAGGGGCAGUUCGAAACCGCCCUCAAGCUUCAUAAAGCACACCUGAUGAUCGUAACGGAACUCAACGACCGUACGGGUCAGGGAAGGGCGUACGGUAACAUGGGUAAUGCUUACAGCGCCCUCGGACAACCCGAGCAGGCAGUCAAAUACCAUAAGCAGGAACUUGUGAUAUCCCGUGAGGUGAAUGACAGAGCUUCGGAAGCCUGUACGCAUGGAAACCUAGCUGUCGCUUAUCAGGCACUGGGAAUGCAUGAGAAGGCACAGGAGCAUUAUCUAAGCCAUUCCAAGAUCGCUGGUGAACUCAAAGACAAAGUCAGCGAAGCUCGUGCACUCAGCAACUUAGGAAACUAUCACAGUUCCCGGGGAGAGUUCAGACAGGCUUUGCCUUACUACGAGCAGUAUCUGAAACUCACAAGGGGUCUGAAUGACCCGUUAGGCCAAGGCAAGGCUUAUCAUAACUUGGGCUAUGCUCACUACUCACUGGGUAACUACAAAGAGGCUGUUCAUUUCUACGAGAAGGACUUGGUUCUGGCAAGAGACCAGAAGGAUAAAGUGAACUUGGGUAGGGCCUACUGCAAUCUUGGCCUGGCUUACAGAACGUUGGGCAAUUACAAACGAGCUAGUGAGUGCCAGAAGUGCUUUUUAACAAUCGCGCAUCACAUGAAGAAUGCUGGAGGCAAAUUCCGAGCUCUGGGUAACCUCGGCGAUAUAUGCAUGGCUCAGAAAGACACGGACGGCGCUAUUAAGUUUUACGAGCAGCAGCUGCAGCUGGCAAAGCAAGUCAGUAAUAAGACGCUAGAAGCAUGUGCGUAUGGUGCUCUUGGCUCAGCCUAUCGAAAGAUUAAGAUCUACGAUAAGGCUUUAGCGUAUCACACACAAGAGCUACAGUUGUGCGAGGAGAUGAACGAUUUGAAAGGUGAAUGUAAGGCUCACAGUCACCUGGGUGCUGUCCAUACGUCAUUAGGGAAAUACUUGGAUGCCUUCAAAUGUUACGAGGAGCAACUAAAACGUGCUAAUGAGCUUCGAGACAGUGCUCUUCAAGCUCAAGCUUUUGGAAACUUAGGCAUCUCCAAGAUGAACAUGAACCUCUUUGAGGAUGCUCUUGGAUACUUUGAGGAGCAACUUGCUACCUUGGAGCAGCUUGUUGGCAAUAGUGUCUUGAAUGACAGGGGACGGGCUUUUGGUAAUCUCGCAGAAUGCUAUGAAGCAUUAGGAGAUUAUGAUGAAGCUGUGAGGAACUAUGACCAAUACCUCGCCAUUGCGCAAAAAGUCAAGAAUGCCAAGGAACAGGAUAGGGCCUACCGUGGAUUGGGUAACGUGCACCGAGCCAUGGGCAAUCUACAGCAGGCCUUGUUUUGCUUUGAAAAGCGUCUGGUUGUAGCGCACGAGACUGAGGACGAGUCCACCCAGGCCUCAGCAUAUGGUGAGCUUGGCUGCCUGCACAGCAUCAUGGGGAACUUCGAACAAGCUAUCUCCUGCUUGGAGAACCAGUUGAAGAUUGCUCAAGAGAUGCGUGAUAAAUCAGGACAAGCAGAUGCAGCCUGCGGGCUUGGAGGUGUCUACCAGCAAAUGGGUGAAUAUGAAAAGGCCUUGGAGUUCCAUCAGAUGGAUCUGAACAUUGCAGAGGAGACUGAGAAUCUAUCCUGUCAGGGCAGAGCAUUUGGAAACCUCGGGGUGACUCAUGAGUCUCUUGGUAACUACCAAAAGGCUAUCAUGUACCAGGAGCAACAUCUCAGCAUCGCUGCUCAAGUCAAUGACCGAGUUGCCAAAGCUCUGGCGUACAGCAGUCUCGGCCGCGUCCACCACGCCCUGGGAAACUUCUCUCAAGCUGUAGCCUACCUGACCCAGGGCCUUCAGAUUGCUGAUCAGCUCGGCAGGAAGGAAGAUGAAGCUAAGAUCAGACAUCGUCUGGGUCUGGCUCAGUGGUCCAACGGAAAUUUAGAUGAGGCACAGCGGCAGCUCUACCGCGCAGCUGACCUCUUCGAGUCCAUCUGGAGGGAGACUCAAGUAGGAAGCGAGUACAAGAUCUCACUUCUGGAGUCUCAAUCAGCCUCCUACCAAUCACUACAGAAGGUCCUCGUUGCGAUGGACAGGCAAGAUGAAGCCUUAGCCGUAGCUGAGAGGAGUCGAACCAGAGCCUUUGUGGACCUUCUCCUUGGUCGACAAUCUGGAGAUGGUUCUGAUCCUGUUGAUGUGAUGGAUACUGUCCUGAUGACGGUUGAUGAGAUCUUGGAGCUAGUCAGUAUGCAGAAUGCUAAUGUGCUGUAUUACUCCAUAGCAUCUGGACAUCUAUACAGCUGGCUGAUCACACCAGCAGAUGGUAUUCUCAAGUUCCAUGAUUGCAAUCUGAAUCAGCUUGACAAGUCCAUGGAGGAAGACGAUGCAUCAACCUGCUCCGAGUCCACCCUGACAAACAGCGCCCUCAAUGUAACGACAUCAGCGCACCUCGACCAGUGCAUUAUGCAUGCCAGGGAGGCAUUAGGCGUGGACGCUCAGCACAGCACAUACCGCAGUGCCGGCGACAUCACCAGCGAGACAGAGAGUGAAGCGGAUGAGCUCCUACAGCAGCACCUGGAAGAGCUGAACGCCAAACUGAUUGUUGGUGGCAGCGGUGGGAUUGACAUCAACAACCAGCAUCUGAGACUCACUAACCGCAACCAUGCUGUCAACAGCAGUGCACGCAGCAUGGCCAGCAUGAUGAGUCAGCUUAGCCUGAACGGUAGCAUUAUGAGCAACUCGUCUUUAGUCAACGCUGUCUCGAGCAAGUCUGUCAAACAGAAGCAGCUGAAGUCUUGGUCAGGUAGACCACCACUGAGAGUCCUCUAUGACCUCCUUAUAGCUCCUAUGGAGGAUGUACUACCACAACCAAAUGGGCCCAAUACCCCUGCUACUGAUUUGGUAUUGGUAUUGGAAGGUGAUUUGUACCUAGUCCCGUUUCCAGUCCUGAAAGGUACCUCAAUGACAGAGUGUCUCCAGGAGAGGUUCAACCUGCGUGUUGUGCCGUCACUGAGGGCGCUCAACACUAAUCGUUACUGGGAACAACGCGCGACAUCCAACAGCGGCAUGGUCCCAGCGGUGGUGGUGGCCAAUCCUGAGAUGCCUCUCAGUGUGACAGAGAGAUGGGGAUGGGGUAAUCUGCCUAACGCUGAGCAGGAGGCUCAUCUGAUAUCAGAGAUCAUGGGAGUCACGCCCUUGACAGGCCCAUCAGCCACAAAGGAAGCUCUACGCAAGUCCAUCGCCAACGCCGAGUGUCUUCACUUUGCCACGUCGGUGUCUUGGAAACUCUCCGCUCUGAUUCUGUCACCUGGACAUAUACCACAGAAGAAGGGGCCACCAUCGCCUGUCAGACAGCGAAGCAUAUCACCUACCAAUGGAGAGUCUGGUGCCUUGGAGCAUCUAGACCUGACAGACAGCGAAGAGAGUGAUCUAGACAGUAACCCAGACACCCCAGCACUCUCCGAGUUCCUUCUAACGGCUGCAGACAUCCUAGACCUCCAACUGACUGCUAAGCUAGUCAUCCUGUCUUGCUAUGCCAGCGAGACACGCUCAGGCCGCAUCACAGCUGAUGGCAUCGUAGGCUUGGCCAGGGCCUUCCUGGCGGCCGGUGCCCAGAGUGUGUUGGUUCCCCUGUGGUAUGUCCCUGAGCCAGCUAAUAAGAUCUUCAUGAAGGGAUUGUAUGAGAGUCUCCUACUGGGCACCAAGGCGAGUGUGGCAGUUGGUAAUGCCAUGCGAAGUGUACAGGGGUUCAAGCAGUUUGCUCAUCCAUCCAAUUGGUCCGGCUUCAUGCUUCUUGGCUGUGACGUCAGAUUGAGUAAUAAGAGCGCCAUGUUUGGAAAUGCUAUCGGAGAUCUCCUGACUACGCCUACAAAGUGUCGAGAAGCACUCAGAGUGCUGCUACAUCUGAUUGAGAAGUCCCUUCAGCGCAUCCACCGUGGUCCCAAGAACCCCAUCUACACCACCCAGCAGAGCAUCUUAAAGAAGGUGGGACCUGUCCGUGGAUGGCAGGAGCUCCUGAAGGCCGUGGGUUUCCGCUUCGAGGAGCAGCCAGCUAAGGGUAUCCCUCCGUCGGUCUUCUUCCCGUUGUCUGAUCCUGGGGAGAGGUUGCUACAAGCUAGCGCGAGCCUGCAGGCGUUACUGGGUUUGUCUCAGAAUACACUGAUUGCUUUGUCUAAGCUGCUUUCAUUCUCCGAUGCUGCUCAAGAAAUCAUUAUCAUGCUCCAGCAAGUUGUGGCUAAGUACACACGAGACAGAGAGGGCGCUAUUCAGGUCCCUGUCAACGUGAAGCUGUGGAGAACACCGGGCUGUCAUGAGUUACUAGCUUCACUUGGUUUUGACUUGAUUGACGUAGGCAAGGAAGAGGUGCUACUAAUCACCGGCAAGCAAGUCAGUCGACGCAUGCUGCACUACACACUGCAAGCUCUGCUUGCAAUAUUCGAUCCCGCUGCUGCACCCAAAUCUCUACCAUUAGAGAGCUUCUCUUCCAUGGAGAGUCUCUGCUCCUCCCAGUCAGGAGCAUCCGGGAUGUCCCUCUCUGCCGUCUCCGCAUCCUCCCUCGUCUCCUGCCACUCACUGAAAUCCAACGCAGACAUGUCCCAGCCCGUCGAGAUCUCCCUUGGCAAGAGCCACAAGAGAGGAAAGCGACGCAACAAUCGGCAGUUUGGAGUGACGUCUACGCCCAUCUCUGCUGAGAUGACACGGAGCGGCUUUGCCUACUCUGGGCAGAACUCCUACGCCUCGUUAGUUGCUGUUGGGAUCUCGCCGGUUGCACGGAACACCCAGGGUGUCAGCCCUGCUCCUUCAUCUGGAUCUUCAGAAUCAAACCCACCAAUGUCAAGUCCCACCACCGUAGGACCAACUCUUGGAGGUGUCAGGAAUCAAACGCCUUCUCGUCAAGAGAUCCCAGAUGCAAGUCUCUUCUCAGCUGACGGCGAUCUGACAAUGGCUCCCGAGGUCCUGGCAUUGCUGAACAGUCUUAACAAUGACCCAGAUGAUACGAUGGUCCACCAAGACGGGUUUGUGAACUCCUCCAACAGGGAGAGUCCUCUCUUAUCAUCCUCGUCAUCCAGGACCAAGAGAUCUUCCAGUUCUCGAGAGUCACUCCUCGGAAGCCAGGACUCUCUCUCCAUGGGAAUGGUGAAUCCUGCUUUUGUGGAUGAUACAGUGGAGUUCAUAACGAGAUCCAUUCCCAUGUCAUCCUCAUCCAGUAUUGAUGUGAGAUACAACCGCGGUAGCAACGGUGUAAACAGCAACAACACUGAGCAUAAUAAACCCAGGAGGGAUUCGAACCAAUCACGAUCAAGAUCUGUGUCUCCAGGUGAUGUCUUCUUGCCUGAUACAACAUCUCCAAAGUGUAGCUUGUACGCAGGCUCUCCCAGACAAAGCCCUGCGAGAUUAGAACCAGGCGUUACAAGUCCUCCUAGAGGAGGCAGCCCAAGCGCUAAGCUAUUACGUCGCACUAGUCGCUCAUCACCAGCUCCGUCACACUCAGACCACGGAUCUGAAUCCAGAGGUACGCCAUCGCCUCACGAGGCCAUCGCCAUGAAGGUCCUGCAGGACACUAUUAAGCACAUGAGUGCCGUGGAAAGCAUGCAGAGGUUUACACGGAUGAAACAAGGAAGGCCACAGCCACCGAGCCAAACGGCUGAGGCUGUGGCUACAACACAGACUGAGACAUCCAAUGAACAAGGAACCAGAGGACCCUGGAAGGUUGUCGAUCGCAAGGAAAGUCCCGUGAGGGCACUGUUCACAAGUUCUACCACCGAAACCCCACCAGGACGCUCCCACCAAGUCUCUCAACAUCACCCUGAUCAGGGGUUCUCUAACAGAAGGCAGUCAAGCCCAACUGGUAGGAAGCAUUCAUCAGCUCAACCAAAACCAAGUACAAUGGUAAACGGUACCCGUGGAAGUAGCCCCCACCUUAACCACAAUACCCCACCUCCUCAGAGUACCACCAAUCGACUAGAAGCCAUCAACGCUCAGAGAAUCCGAUCCUUAAAAACUGGAAGCACACAAGAUGAAAGUUUUGAUGCUUCACGCCCAUCCCAAGGGUCAUAUAACAUUCCCAGAGAGAGAACGCCUUCCUCAAGCUCGACCUCCAACACAUCCACCUUGCCUCAUACCAGACCCAUCCAGUACAUCCCACCUUCUGACGACUACAAACCCCAAGUCAACUCCAAUCUGAACUCAUCCUAUUCCAAUUCUAAUCACGUCAAGUCGUACCCGGUAACAAACUCGGUGCCUCUUGAUGUGAGGCCCAAACCACACCCAAAGGGCAAUUCAGUCAGGACUUUUACCCCCGAUAGUCAGGAGCGAAUAUCAGCUAGCCAAUCGUCCGCUUACUAUCUGAACCGGCCGGAUAGUUCCCAGAGCUCCACUGGUAGCAUCUACUCCUCGACUUCCUCCAUUCCUAGUGUGAUUCACAUGCAGACUGCCAAUAGUCCCCACCAUGAGGGCACUGUUCACCCCCAGACAGCAAACCACAUCGGUCACAACCACACCAAUCAUGUCAAUCAGCAAACCUCCAAUCCCGGGGUUCAGCCAGCCAGUAAGGUACAAGGACAGCAGGUGAACGGUGGGAUAGGUGCUAAGGUACCUAGAAGCAGGGUAGCCAGCGGUGAGGGAACUCAGAAGGUCACUAAGAAGGUUUACCAUUCCUCGCCAUGUUGAGUGGGUUACAGAGUUGUAGUCGAGUCCAUCACAAGUCAAAUCUCAAACUGAUUCCAAUCUGUAGUCCAUCACAAGUCAAAUCUCAAACCAAUUGCAUGUCAAGUCACAAGCCAAAUUG